AUGUCGUCCUUUAAAUUUCGGAGAUUAGCAAAAUUAGCUACGGGUGAUGAUGCUAGCGAAUUUGUUAAAUACUACGACGAAAAUCACCAUUUGCAUUUGAUCAACUUGAAUGUACCGGUUUAUUAUACGGCUGAUCUUAUUGAAACACGUCUAUCCACAGAAGUCGAGGUGCGCUUUUGGCUCUACACCAAAUGUAACCGACACCAUUUCGAGGAACUUCACGUGAAUCUAAAGAAAGUCAAAAAUUACGAUUCUAGUAAACCGUUGGUAGUAGUAACCCACGGUUGGCUCGGCUCUGGCUACAGUAAUUCAACUCAGAUGAUUAAAGACGCUUAUUUAGCAACUAGAGAUGUGAAUGUUAUUAUCGUAGAUUGGAAACAACCUGCCUCAUAUAUUAAUUACAUGACCUCCGCAUUAUUAACAGAUAGCGUUGCUGAAGAGAUCAGCGAUUUUGUUUUGGCUUUAUCUAAGAAGUUUAAGCUGCACGGCACAGACAUUCAUUUGAUAGGACACAGUUUGGGAGCACAUGUUGUUGGUUUGACCGGAAUAAAACUUAAAUACAAGAAAUAUAUUGUAGAUCGUGUCACCGGUUUGGAUCCAGCUCGUCCUUUCUUCGAAUUUCCACCAUUGCUUUCAGGAAUAACCAAAGACGCAGCAAAUUUUGUAGAUAUUAUUCACACUAACUCGGGUGUCCUAGGAUACGAAUCGAGUGUCGGACAUGCAGAUUUUUAUCCCAACGGAGGAGAUGCCCAACCACAUUGCUGCUCUAAAAGCGAAAUGACAGAUAGUUGUGAACAUCGGUGCGCCUUCAUAUAUUUUAAAGAAGCUGUUUAUGGAAGAAAAUAUAUAUGUACGCAAUGUGAUUCAUAUCCCGACUAUGUUGCUGGCUUUUGCUAUUCAAAUGAUGAAGAAUUACUGGGUUUAACAAGAGAUACCGCCCGUGGUGACUAUUAUAUAACUAUAAUGUAUUAA